AGACCGCCCCCACCCUCCUUUGCGAGCGAGGGAUCCAGUUGCCUAGCGACGGAUACGGGCUGCGCCGGGAGAAGCGCUCGCUCUCGAUGCAGACGUAGUCGUGGGGCUGUCGGUUCGCUGGACACGACGACGACGUCGACGACGGGUUCCCGAGGAUACGCGAUGCACGUCGUCGUCCGGUGCGCCCGUCGCGGUGGACCCGGGGGCUAGCCGCGCGACGACGACGACGCUGCCCUGAAGAUGCGGGUCGGCUCGGGACGGCCGGAGACGGUUCGCCGGAACAGCGUCUCGACGGGAUAAGAGGGUCGUCGUGGUCGUGGCGACGAUCGUGGACGGCCUGUCAAAGGAAGAGCGCUGGUAGCCGGACUGCGCUGGGUGGCCGGGAAAGUGAUCCCGAGCGGCGAGGUCGCGGAAGCUUCGGCGAUUCCCGUGGGCUGCAGCAGCGCGUUCGAAACUUUCGAAACUCCGGCGAGGACCGAGCGGCUCAGUUCCAGGGCCGUCCCGAUGGAUAAGGACGGCUCGGCCCAGACGGCCUACCGCACCGGCUACAAUGUUAUGAACUCUCGUGUGUCGGACGGGACCAACGUGUGCUCGGUCCUCCUGACAUUCAUCUCCCUGCUCAUCAUAUCCCUCACCUGCCCCUUCUCCCUCUUCUUCUGCAUCAAGAUCGUGCAGGAGUACGAGCGAGCCGUCAUAUUCAGACUGGGUCGACUUGUCGAAGGAGGAGCCAAGGGUCCAGGCCUGUUCUUCAUCAUUCCGUGCAUAGACACCUACUGCAAGGUGGACCUACGGACAGUAUCCUUCGAUGUUCCUCCUCAAGAGAUACUGUCCAAGGACUCUGUGACAGUGGCCGUGGACGCGGUGGUGUAUUACCGCAUCAGCAACGCGACGAUCUGCAUCACGAACGUGGAAGACUACGGCCACUCCACCAGGCUGUUGGCCGCCACGACACUCCGGAACGUGCUGGGCACCAAGAACCUGUCGGAGAUUCUGUCCGAGCGGGAAUCCAUUUCACACGUGAUGCAGGCAAGCCUGGACGAGGCAACCGACUCGUGGGGAGUCAAAGUGGAGAGGGUGGAAAUAAAAGAUGUGCGGUUGCCGGUGCAGCUGCAAAGGGCCAUGGCGGCCGAAGCAGAAGCUGCUCGAGAAGCAAGAGCCAAGGUGAUAGCCGCAGAGGGCGAGCAGAAAGCUGCCCGGUCGCUCAAGGAGGCCGCCGAGGUGAUCGCCGAGUCACCGUCGGCGCUCCAGCUGCGCUACUUGCAGACACUCACCUCCAUAGCGGCCGAGAAGAACUCCACCAUCGUGUUUCCGCUGCCCUUGGAACUGAUGCGGGGCUUGAUGCACUGGCAGCAGGAAGAAGACUGAAGACGCCUCGGAACGUCCUUCCACCCUCGCCACCCACUUCGCCGCGAAAUAUCUUCACGUCCCCACCGGACCCCGACGGGAACCGAGGGUUUGAGAAACCGACGCGUCCACACUCUAUAGCAAGCAACCGGAAUGCUGUGUCCAACUCCCCACUUCCCCACCGAUUCCCAUUACGACUAACACGGUCGAGUGUGUCAGGCACUCGGGUUGUGUGCAAAGACCGCGUGCCCAAAGAUUCGCAAGAAAAACACGAACGUAUUACGCACCGUAUAUAUACAUGGUACGCGUUGGGGCAAUGCGUCCAGGGUCGCAUAUUCGCCCUGCUCGUUGUUAUGCAGGUUGACGAGGUGCUUGACGUCGGGGCGAAUUAUCUCUUUGGAGUAGCCGAUUUAUUUUUACCGGAUAUUCCAUUGCAUUCAUUUAUUUCAUAUACUCUGUUGUACUUUAAGUCCGACCGCGGCCGACGCUAGCUCGAUCAUGACUCGAAGGAGUCAUAUGAUUCGUCUAGCUUUUCGGUGAAGACCGCGACUUCGCGCGUUCCUCGACGGUGAGCGGUGCCCUUUGGUUUCCUCUUAGCACCAUAACCAUCUUGUUGGCCGUGGAGCGCUGUUCCGUGCGAAGUGAUUUUAUUGGCGUCACCGAUUCGAGCGCUUGUCCAAAAUGCCUUUCGUUUGUACGAGAGACAAAAAAAAAUAUAUGCUCAGCAAAUGGGCGAUUUUAAACUCUGCAAGGAGUACGAGCUUGAUUAUGCGAUGACGUCACCCGAAUAUGCGACCACGGUAUUGGGCGCUGGCGAAUACUAUUUGGAGGUUGACGAUAGUAGGGUUUUUAAUCAUCGCGCGCGAUUACGUUGACAUGCGCGAAGGAGCACGCACGACCUGGAAGCGGGCACGGGCGGCCGAAUCGAGUAAACAUCGAGGCACCGUGUCCUUUCGUCUUUGCUCCAACUAGAUAGGCUCUAGGGCAUUUAUGGACCAUCUAAAAGUGUCCAGUAAAUAAUAGCGUCUGCCCAUCGGAAGUUGUGGACACUACCCACGCGCAGAAAUCCGUUUUCUUUUUCCUUUUCUUUUUUGAAGAACACUUGACCCGCGCAUGCGCCAAACUCGAGUUUCUGAGGUCACGUCCAAAACGAAAGUCGUGUUUCUAACGUCACGCCGCGCGACAGAGCAUGUGCGGAUGCUUCGCUCUUCGAAACCCUUUUAUCUGUGUUCUUGGGCAGUGCGCACAUCCCCCGAUAGAGAAAACAAAAAGCGGGCAGCAGAGUUUUCAUAAAGAUACGAAAGAUAGUUAAUUGUACUCGUUCAUCUUUACGAAGCUGUCAGUGGCUUAAAAAGCCGGCAUCGGUGCUUGGUGUUAUUACUGUCCCAUGUUUCCAAAAAUAAUCUUGGUUUCGUUGUAGGCUCAUCUUCCCGUUUCAAUAACCGCGUGGCAUUUCAUUCGUGCAAUAUUAUUGGUUUCAUGUUAAAAAAAAAUAAUAACGCUAGAUUUAAGACCUCAGGCAGCAUCUAGUGCCCACAAGGUUCGCUUCGUUGUCUUACGUAAGCGUGAUUAUUGUUCAACAAUCACGUGACUCUGACGUCAGAAUUUAGGAGGUCCAUCAAAGAGUCGACGGCAUGCGACUUCUCCUUAGUUCGUUUUCAGUUUUCCCGCGGGAUCAUUAGAGUGACGUCAUGAAGGCAGUGAAAACAAAACAAUCAAGCCACUUUCACAUAAACAAGGAAUGAAGAUUCUCUAGGACAGUUUACACCUUAUUUGAAAAGUAGCACUUCGAGUUGUUUCCUGCAAGGUAAGGAUGCUUAAUGUCUAUCAAUAUUUUACUUUUCAAGACGACAUAGCACGCUCGCAGUCCUUCAGUGCUUGCCCGAUUUGUUAACUGCUUUCACGUCGUUGCAGUGCAUCCCCAACUUGCCACAGAAGUUGAUUAUUUGUCUCGUUAUAAAACAAAGAAAUGUUCGAGAAAAAAGAAGAAAAAAUAGAAGAACAAGUGAGGAACUUGUCGAUUUUUGCUAAAGGGACAAAAACUGGGACACAGCUCGAGAGUCCGUCCACCGAGAAGAAGGUGACUGCACGACUGAAUCGCCUGAUACAUCUAAUCCUGUGUCCAUUCAAAGAUGGUGCUUCUGGAAGUGUCUACGCCGGCCUCUCUAAUUUUUUGUUUAAUACGCCAUUGUUAAGAGCCUAUAAGAAUUUCCACAGUAUAUCUGGACACCUUCGUGAACUGAAUGAUAAUAUAUCCUCGGCAGCACGCCAGAGGAACGCCUAGCCUGGACCAAGUUCGGCAAUCCUAUGGGAACCUAAUUUGAACUUAAUGAGAUUUUUUCUCCGGUACAUUAGUUUUUGCCAAAGUACAUUUCAAGGGCUUUUCUAUGGUUUCUAUCUCAUUCGCCAGAUAAAUGGCGAAAAGGCCAGACUUCAGCCGAAAAUGAAACAUGUCAAACAUGAAACCAGCACAUAAUUCUGGUACUGGUUUUGAAAUUUAGGCUCAAAGUUGCCAAAUGAGAACCGACCAACCACAAUUGAAGCCUACUUCUGGCGCAUCUUUGGCAAUCUACGGAAUCAAAAUAUCCAGACUGGCAAAGAAUAUCAAGUUUUUGGUUGUGCCUUGGGUUUGUUGGGUCUUUCAGGGCGCUAAGUGCCUGAAAAAAAACAAAAUGUUUGCCCCCAAAAGUUUAUGAUAAUUAGGAUAUGAGCAGGCUGCCACGUGUUCUGUUGUCGUUUCAUGCCGUCCGUGUCGGACGCAACCGCACAAGAGAAUUGGCGAUGCUCAGAGUAAAUAUAUUCCGGACGGUUUUUUGUUUUUAUUAAUUUUCGGCGAUUACUAUAAGCUGAGUAGUCCGUCACGAACUCUAACCCAAAUAUCCACCGACGUACCAAGAGUAUCCAAGUGGACACCAAAUAAUGUCUAAAAAUAUUAUAUAUAUAUAAAAAAAGCGUUUACGAUUUGGGACCGCAGAUGCAUCAUAAUAAGUAACAGUUGCGAAAGAGAUAAGGGUAUGCAGAUAAACCGCGUUUCUUUCCGUAAUUUUACAUUAAAAAAAAUCAAGUUUGAGGUUAUAUCGUUUGGGUCCCUGAGUGAAGCUUGUAUCACAAUGUCGUCGUGCAGUUCGUAAUACUCGAACCCAAAUUAUUCCACGACAUCUCGAAAAACAAUACUAGGCGCAGUUCGACCCAGAGCGCAUAUAUUCGGUCGCUUCUGGAUGCUCGCAUCGCGAAUAAGAAACGGGACUUCUUUCAAAAAGAAAAAAAAAAACAUUUUAAUACAAAUACAAGGCAGUACUGAAAAUUGGAUUAUGCUUCGACUUCUGCAGAACCCAAUAAAAUGCCAUUCCAACCUUUUCUUCUUUUUUUUUCCGAUUUGCAGUUUUCUACCUGCCUGGGGCUUUAUACCCGUUUUAGUACGGCAGAAAAACCGUGACAAAGACCAACCAACAAAAAAAAAAGAAUUAGAAAAAUCGGCCACGACGGGGUGUCGUUAUAUGGAUAACGUAGAUAUAAAGUCGACUCCGGUUGCGAUCGACACUGCACACGCGCUCUCUCAAAGUAAUUUUAAAUGAUAAAAAAAAAAGUUGCUGUCAUCGGAUAUGUUCGCUGUGGCUUCAUUUUAGGUGACGGCGAAGCUGGCUGACCGACGGAGUCUUAUGUGGAUUAUAGCCGAAGUGUUACUUUAAAUGAAUUUCAGAGGAGUCAGUGUCCCAAAAACAGUAAAGAAAGACUGAUAUAUUGCAGCCGUAGGCGGGAGAUCGGGUUACUGCAGUGAACUCCGCUUUAUUUCUGAUGAAUUACCGAGUACGUAUAAAAAGGAAACAAAGAAAAGAGGGCGAAGUCACGGAGGAGCUGCAUGAUUUUGUAGCGUUGCAAAUUUUGACCAUUCGUCCGAUUUCUUUCUUUACUUUUAUAUAUUUUUGUUAUUCAGAUCUUACUUUGGGGUUGAAACAGGAGGCAGAAUAACGGUAAUUUCGUUAUCGCGCUUGAUUUCAUUUUUACUCUAUCCCAAAAAACAGAGUAAAAUCAUAUUAACCUUCCAAGUGAAGUUGGACUGAACAUCGAUAGUUUUAGUGAAAUCCCCUAGGGCAAAGUAAUGUUUUCUGUAAAGAAAAAAAAAACGAUCAGACAUAAAUAUAUAUACAUAUAAAACGAAAACACGCACGCAAGAGCAUUAUUGACAAACUGAAAAAAAUCCGCGGUGGAAAAAAAAAAGCGAGGUUGUAGUGAGUGUAAGUGGAAACUUGUGCGGUCCACAAAAACAAAUCGUGGUGGGGGAACCUCGCGUCGUGGCAAACACCAUUAGGAACGCUUAUGUUUUAUCAUAUUAAUUAGAAAGGGGCAUGUUUUAAAGAUACGAAACAUUAACUUUUUGUUUUAUAUUUUACAAAAAAAAUUUUUUUUAAAGUACAAAAACAAAAAGCUGUCUCGUUUUGCGUUGGUCUUUCACAUGUGACCAUUUGGAUCAUAUGUUUGAGGGCUUUACCUGGUAACGUAUUCGCAACUCCAGCUGCGUGCCUUCUAUCCCCUCUCUGACGUUUAACAUUUCGGCCACCAGGACGCCCCAGUAUUCCCUGCAUGCUUGAAUGGGCACUAGCCAUUCAAGAAGCGAAGACGAAGUUUACGUGGGAUUAACAGUUCGUGGUUUCAGAAGGCAGAGAAGGCGGAAGGAAAGCAAAACAAAGUACGUUAUGACCUUCUUUUCCGUUUGCUCAAUUUUUUCGCGCAUUAAUGAUAAGAAGCAAUACAUCGUGCCACUUCCAGGAUGUACGAAAUUGUGUUCUAUUGUAAAUGCGCACUGCGCACUUCUGUACCGCUGCCGGAUUUUAAACGCUGUGGAUGCGACUGUCUAUGUAUACACGUUCAUUUGAACAACGAUCACGAGGGAACGUAAAUCAAAAUCCGAAGGUUGAAAACGAGAGAUAUGGGCGCUAUUAUAUCUUAAACUGAUUUCAAAACCGAAACGUGACUUUGCAGUUAGAAAACCGGAACGCGAAACGUUAUGCAAAUUCGAAGAUUUAUUAGUGGGCCGUUUUCCUUUUUUCCCGCUCCCUUUGUUUCUCCCAUUAAAGUUAUUUAUCGUCUUCUCCGUGAUAAAAAAAAGAACACAAUAGAAAAAAGGGGAACCGAGUAAAGGUAUAGCUUGGCGAAGAAUUCUGCUUUGAAUCUUUUUUUUCUCUUUUUGAUACGCUACUCGUUUCCGCUCUCCUCGUUUUUUUUGUUUUGUUUUUUUUUAAUUUUUUUUAACGCAUGCACGCAGUCUCACGAAAUAAUUUUCAAAAAAAAAAAAAAGGUUUCCUCUGUAUUGUUACAAGGCUCAAUAAUAUAACGGCGGUAUACCUUCAUGCAUCAUAUUUUACUGCCGAUAUUGAGACUUUAAUUUCCGCGUUUGCUUGGGAAAUUCUUCCUUUAACAAUCGGUCGCCUUUGACGAUAAAACUGAGUUAUUGUCGGGUGACCGUGUCGUCACUUGGCCCUGACGAGACAGUAGAGGGAUUGUUCCAGAACGUUAUCCGCUAUCAAACAUGAUAUUUACUGUUACGUUAAUGUUUCACGUUUUGAAUGCGCCGCGACCCUGGAGCUGCCGUAGCCCCCAAGCUAAGCCCACCAACCAAAAAAGCGCAUUCCAAUAAAAAAAUGUGGCCCCGUAGAUACUUCCAGAAGUUUCCCAGUGCACAGUGGCGACACCUUAGUCGAGAAGACUGCCAAUUCUGAGCUGUGAACUGAAUCAAGCAGAACUGCCGAAUCUACCAACAGAUAGAACGAACAAGAAGCGAGGUGUACGCGUAGUUGUUGUUUCUAAUUAAACGCGCUUUGCGCGUGCGCAGAAAACUGAUUUUCGAGAAGCGAAGCAUCUGGGCAUGCGCAGUUCGACAGCCAGCGCCACCACAAUGGCGUAAGGUCAGAUGCCUGAGCGGCGAGCGCGCAGGUGCUUCACUUUUUGAAAACGGGGGCUUUUCAGUGGGCCUGCGUCGGCGGUAAGAUUGCUGUGCUCACGGGCUUUUAUACACCGCUGACUGUUCUGGUUUCAGUGUGCCGCACCUCCGAUGCUCCAAGAGUUGUUACUAGGCGACGUAGUUUAACUCGUACGCCGUCCUUAUAGACUCCUCCUGACCUCAUGUUCCUCUUCUUUAGACCUUUCAAUCUCUCUCUUUCACUUUACCUUCUCUCCCCCCCCCCCCCCCCUCCUUUUUCCCCGCGACAGUUUGAAUGUUUAAACGAGACUCGAAGUCUGACGCGUCUUUUAACCAACUUCCUGCUCUCUAAUUUAUUUUAACCUGGUAAGUUGUUUGUUUUUUUCUGUGCCGAAAAUACUGUUUUCUACAUGCAGUUUAUUUAUUUUUUUUUUUUUAUUAAAGGCGUUGUUUGCUUUUUUUUUUUCGGGAGGCAUCACACUAUUCUUUCUAAGGACCACCGCAACGACACUCAAGUCGGUCGAAAAUUGUUUAAUAACGGUUUUAUUAACAAAUAUUACGUAUUUGCAACUGCCGUUAAAAACAAAAUGAAAAAUAAAACAUGCGACCAAGAAAACAAUGUUGCGAGUCAGUGAAGGCGAUCCGACUUGAAUUUGAAGUGUAUGCAUAACAUGAAAUAUAUUUCGACUAUUCUCACAAUGUUUCGGUGAAAAAUUUCGUCCAAAAUGUUUCGCCCAAACGUUUCGGGCAAAAUGCUUGGGCCAAACGCUCGCAGAUGUCUGGUCUGAGCACUACCUUAACAACUUUUUAGAGAACCAAUUUUAUGUUCGUUGAAAAGGUCCUUUUAAAGUUCGCAGAUAAUCAAGGUCCCGCAGUUCUGUCUGUGCCACUACGCUCAUUUAAAAGUUCACCGAAGUGAGUCAUUGAGCCACAGUGGAUGCUGCACGCCUGGGUUUAAAAA